UUGAGAGGUGGAUAGGGGACAUGUUCACAGGGGACAGCCGACAAAUGGACAGUGAGGAGGGGGAGACGGAGGACGAACUGCAGGAGCAACCGAGCAGAGAGGAAAUCACGGAGAGGGAGUUAAAUAGAGCAGUCAAGAGGAUAGGAGGAACCACAGCCACUGGAAUGGACGAAAUCCCAAUGAGGCUGGUGAAGGAGCUGGGGCCAGAGACGAGAGCACUGCUGCGCGAGAUCCUCAACCAGAUCCUGAAGGAGGGAUGGGUGCCGGAGGAGUGGCGAACCUCAAGACUCAGACUCAUCUACAAGGGAAAAGGGCAAAAGUCAACGCUCGGAAACUACCACCCCAUAGCCAUCACAUCGGUACUCUACCGCGUGUUCACACAAAUAAUACGAGACCGACUGCAGACAUGGGCAGAGGCAGAAGGAGUCCUGCGGGAGCUGCAGAAUGGGUUCCGGUGGGGGAGACGCCUUGAGGACAAUUUAUUCGUGCUGACGCAGGCCAUCGAGAUUGCCCAGAAGGAGAACCGCCCCCUUUACCUCUGUUUUCUCGAUAUCAGCAAGGCUUACGACACGGUCGAACAUCGAAAACUGUGGACGCAGCUGGAAGAGCGGGGACUCUGCAGAGAGUGGAUAGACCUCUUGCGAGAAGUGUACAGAGGGACGACGGUGGUGGCACAGUGGCAGCAGGAGACAACACAUCCAGUGACCUGCUCCAAGGGCUUGAGACAGGGCUGCCCGCUGUCGCCGCUAUUGUUUAUGCUGUACAUAGCAGGAAUCGAAAAGCGGCUGCAGGAGAGUGGGGAGGGUUUCUCACUGGAAUAUUCGGAAGGCGGGGAAAGGAAGGGAGGAAAACUCCCGGGACUCAUCUACGCCGACGAUAUGGUGCUGAUGGCGGACUCGCUGCAGGGCCUGCAGGGGCUCAUGAACGAGUGUGGUGCAAUGGGAGAGGCCCUGGGGCUUAGUUUCAGUUCGCACAAGUCUGGGCUGAUGGCCUUUGGGGCAGCAGAGGAAAACGGGACCGCCAACCUGUCCAUUCAAGCCAAUCCUGUACCUUGGGUGGACCACUACAAAUAUCUGGGUGUAAACCUACAGAAGGGACACCACUACCUCCUAGAGCACGAGACGAAGGUCAAGGCGAAGAGCAGGAAGAACAAGGGCAUAGCAACGGCCAGGGCCCUCUGGGGAUAUAACCGAUACGAGGUAACCCGAGCGGUCUGGAAGAUGGUGGCGGUGCCGGGGCUCACUUUUGGCAACUCAGUGUUGUGCCUGUCAUCAGGUACCAGGCAAUACCUCGAGGUCCGACAGAGGGAGGUGGGAAGGACGGCACUGGGAGCAAGCCGAACAGCACCGAACGAAGCCGUCCAAGGAGACAUGGGCUGGUCCGGUUUUGAGGCCAGGGAGGCCCGAGCCAAGCUGGACUUCGAGCGACGCCUCAGCCGGAUGAGCGAAGAGCGUUGGGCCAGACAGGUCUUCAAGUAUGUACAUCUUCGGUCCGUCCCAACCCGGUGGGUGCGACGGACGCGCCAGCUGGCACAGCGAUACGAGGUCAACGGCCCACUCCUCUACCCAGCCGCGGAGCAGCCGGAACUGCAGCAGAGCAUCCGCACGAGGGUGAUCGAGAGCGAGACACGGCGAUGGGCGGAAGCGGCACGUCUGAAACCAACGCUGGCCCUGUAUGCCAGAGAGAAACAGGAGGUGAAGCGAAUACCUUUCAUGGACAACAGCAAGGGCAGUGCACUGCUUUCGGACGCCCGAGGCGGCAUGCUGCGGACCCGCGUUUUCCGCGCGAAGUACAUGGACAUGGAAGUGAAGUGCGUCAUGUGCGCGCAGGGAGCAGACGAGACGGCGGAACACGUCAUACUGGAAUGCACGGGUAUAAAGCCGGACGUGACGUACGAACCAGACAUGGCGGUGGCGCUGGGUUUCCGGGGCGUUGACGAACAGUACGACGCCGACAGCUCGCAGCCAGUGGAGGUGACAAAGAGGAGACUGGAGUGUUGGUGGAGGAGAGCAAAAGAACACAACUACGUUUUUGGCUAGUGUAGCUACUAGCCAGGCUAGAUCCAGCGCUGCUGAGAUCCCCCGAUACAA